AAUUUUGAGGUUAACAGCCACAUGUUGCAGCCGUUUGUUUGUGUUCUUGUAAAUAUUGAUUGGAAUACUUUGCAGGAGUUGUCGUCAUUGCAUCUGAUGGAUAUUGGUCACCUCGCACCAACAAUGGGAAGGAAAAGAUUGAAGACAAUUGCCGAACAACAUAUCCAAAUGUCUAACACUAUCGCUGGCUCUUGUCGAAAGCGGCCAGUUACACCAUUCAUUUGUUACAGCCAGCAACAAUUCAAGGAAAUGCAAGGGCCAGACAACACUCGACGAAAAAUAGACUCGUUGACGAUGUUGGACAGCGAAGGGUUGUUAUCGGCGGAGGAACAAAAACUUCUUCACUAUGUAUUUGACGAUAGCAAAAAUGAAAUGGACAUUGUUGUUUCCAUGAAUCUUCAUGGACGGGCAUGUGAAGUUGGCACCCGGCGUGACAUGCGCACGCUCAAACCAGGGUCGUGGCUAUCCGACACUAUAAGUGUUGGCUGCACAAAUAUGAAUCUGCGUUUUUCAGUACCCCUAACUCAGAAACCUUUCUAA